AUGGCCUCCCUCAUGCGCCGCACGUUUACUCUCACCUCCGCCUCCGGCCGACUCGCCAUCCGUCCGCUGUCCACCACCCGCGUCUUGCGCACUUCCCAGGACGAAAGACCUUCUUUUGGAUUCAAGAGUGGCCCGGCCCCUCCUCGCUUGCCUAAGGAGGAACAAGAGAUCUUCGAAGAGCUUCAGCGCCGCUCCACGGGUGCUUUCACGACGCCCCAGGUCAACCAAUCUCCGCAAGCCGAGGCCAAAGUCAACGAUAAUGGCGAGGAGCUGCACCCGGAUGCAGUUAGGGGUGUAAAGCCCGAGUUUGAAGGCGAGAAGAAUCCAAAGACAGGAGAAGUUGGUGGGCCCAAGAACGAGCCACUGCGAUGGGGGUCUGGUGGAGAUUGGAGUUAUGGUGGACGUGUGACCGACUUCUAG